GUCCACCAAAAGAGAACUCAUCCCAAAGCCACUUAAGCAUAACACAAUCUUUCUCUCUCAUCCCUGUCUAUGAGACUCCACAUUCCCUUUCCUAUUGCCUGCCUAUAUAUCUCCCAUCACAAACAUCUGCCAACUCCCUUCCGAGUGUUCCUCCUUGGGCUCUAUUACCUUUCCACUCUCUGCAUCCAUCCAUCAUCACUUGAGGUUUCUGCCAUGGCAUCGGCAGCGGAACCUUCAGAACCUCUCAAUUACAAGACUUGGGUGUUGAAGGUUUCCAUCCACUGUGAAGGAUGCAAGAGGAAGGUGAAGAGAAUCCUUAAAAGCAUUCCAGGUGUUUAUGAUGUGGAGGUCGAUGCGCGGCAGCACAAGGUGACAGUCAAGACCGUGGUGGACGCCGAAACGCUCAUCAAGAGGCUGGGGAAGUCCGGGAAGCACGCUGCGCUGUGGCCGGAGAAGAAGCCCGGAAAUCAGAGCCCCGGCAAUGGCGAAACUACCAAGAAGAAAGAGGACAAAGAAUCUUCUGUAUCCAAAGAGCCAGCAGAGAGCUCUGAGAAGAAGUCGAUCCCAUCUGAGAGUAGCUCUGCUUCUACUGCCGCCCCUGCCGAAGCUGAAGCGAAACCCAAACCCCCGACAGAGCCCGCAAAACCCGAUUCCAAAACCGAGGAGAGCAACGUAAACGAGCCCCAAACGACCGAUGCAACGAAGGUCGACACCUCUGCCCAGACGCCCGAGAAGCCGGCCGCCACGGUAGACGAGAAGGCUUCCGCCGCCGCCGGCGAAAUUAGCAGCGAUAAAGGCGUCGGCAAGAAGAAAGGCCACAAGGCACAAAAAGAGAACUCCGAGGACGCAGGGAAGGAUCCGGAUGCCGGCAGCAUCAACUCAUCACCACCGCGACACGCGUACUCGCACCCGGCGUACCCGCCGCCGCCGGCGUACGUCAUGAGCUACAACAUGGCACAACCGAGCGCUAGCCAAGCCUACUAUGCCUCGCCCGCGCCGCCGGCCUCGCACGGCUACGCCUACAUGCCGUUCCCUCCGCCGCCGGAGUUCUACUACGGCUCCAUGGACCCGAGCUUGCCGGCACCGGUGCAGCCUGCGCCGCACGACGACAUGUUCAUCGACGAGAACCCCAACGCGUGCAACAUCAUGUGAAGUGUUCAUGGUAUCCUCUCCUUAAUCUCUCUGUAUAUGUAUGAGACUGCUUAAAUGUAAGAACUUAUACUGCAAGUAUAAGUGAAAGGCCGUGUGAUGAUGUUGCUAAUGCCUCCUCUUCAGCAGAUUUCCAAGUGUUCAUCUUCUUCUGUUCUUCACAUACUGUGAUUGCUUGGUGGAAAUCCAAGCGGAAAGGUGAUGUCAUGUGAGGGUUGCAUGAAUUAUAGAUGACAAGAAAGGAAUUGGAUGUUUCA